CAACGCUUAAGCACCUUUCAUAAGCCUAACACAAGUCAAAGGUACGUAACUUCUCGAUUUGAACUGGUAAGAAAUGUUCUUCUACAUUAAUGAAGGUGUAAAAAUGAAGUCUGAAUGAACAGAUGAAGUUAAAUAAUGAGAGGGAAAGGUACAAGAAUAAGAGAGAGAAAAGUGCUGACUUUAGUCACAAUUGGAAUCUCCUUCUCAAACUAGGAUAAAAGAUUGCAGUACUCGCAGGAGUAGCACGAGAAUGAAAAUGCCUUGUGCCCUUGUGCUCUAUGCAAUCAUCCUGAGCUUCAUCAGUUCCAAUUGUUUCCUUGGAUAUGCUUCAGAAUUUAAGAAUGAGACCGAUAAAAUGGCUUUGUUGGCCUUUAAGGGUGCAAUAACUUCGGAUCCUAAUGGAGCCUUGAACUCAUGGAACACUUCUCUUCAUUAUUGUCAAUGGCAAGGAAUAUCAUGCAGCAGUAAGCAUCGCGAAAGGGUAACUAUCCUGGAUCUAUCCUCACAGGGCUUGGUGGGUCCUGUCUCUGCCCACAUAGGGAAUCUCAGCUUCCUCAGGAUUAUCCGCUUAGACAAUAACAGCUUCCAUGGAAAAAUUCCACCAGAAAUUGGGAAGUUGUUUCGCCUACGCAUUUUCUAUUUGAAUAAUAAUUCUUUCCAUGGAGAAGUUCCAACAAAUUUAUCCAGCUGUGUAAGCCUCAGGGAAAUCAACUUUAUUGAUAACAAUCUUGCAGGCAAAUUCCCGGUUGAGCUGAACUCGAUACCAAAUCUUGCUGCUCUAGGCCUUGGUCAGAACAAUUUCAAAGAUAACAUCCCACCUUCCAUUGGGAAUUUCUCAUCUCUCAUCCUGAUUUCUUUGGCAGAGACAAAUUUGGAAGGAAACAUUCCUGAGGAUAUUGGUCGAUUGACAAGAUUGGAAUAUCUAUUAAUGCCAGAUAAUAAUUUGACUGGUACAAUUCCUGCUAGCAUCUAUAACCUCUCAAGGCUCACGAUUUUAUCAGUGGCAAGAAAUCAACUGAUGGGAAAUCUUUCACCAGAUAUUGGCUUCAACUUACCCAACAUCCAACAACUUGCUCUUGGAUUAAAUCAUUUCACAGGUUUAAUCCCUAUUUCAUUAUCAAAUGCUUCGCAACUUCAUCUUAUAUCUUUUACUGAUAAUAGGUUUAGUGGACCAAUACCUGUUGAACUAGGAAGAUUAGUGAAUCUGUCAUGGAUAGGACUUAGUGGUAACAUGCUUGGAACCAAAGUUGGGAAUGAUUUGAGAUUUAUAUCUUACUUAACUAACUGCACCAAACUAGAAAGGUUAUUUGUAGGUGGAAAUCUUCUUAAAGGCCCAUUACCUGACGCCAUAGCCAAUCUCUCUACCCAAAUUAGAUAUCUGUCACUUGGGAUAAACCAAAUCUAUGGAACCAUUCCUGAAGGAAUAGGGAAUCUUGUGAAUUUGAAUUUUUUGGAUUUUCAAUACAUGAUGUUGCGUGGCAAUAUUCCUGAUGGGAUUGGAAAGCUUCACAAGCUUUUAGAACUAUAUAUCCCAGGAAACCAGUUGGUAGGACAAAUUCCAUCCACAAUUGGUAACCUUACUAGUUUAUAUGAAAUGCAGUUGAGUCAGAACAAUUUAUCAGGAAAAAUAUCUCCCAAUCUUGGCGACUGUCAGAGCUUAUUGAGACUGGAUCUUUCACAAAAUGACCUCGUGAGCUCUAUACCACAAUCAGUCUUCGGUAUUCUUUCCAUUGUUUCCAUCAAUUUAUCACACAACUCUUUAACUGGUACCCUUCCACUAGAGAUUGGCAACUUGAAACAAAUUGAGGAUUUAGAUGUUUCUAGCAAUAAAGUGUCAGGUGCCAUUCCAAGCACACUUGGCCUUUGUUUGAGCUUGGUAAAGAUCCGUGUGAAUGGCAACUUUCUUGAAGGGAUAAUCCCUGAGGAAUUAAGUGCUUUAAGAGGAUUAGAUGAGCUAGAUCUCUCUCAUAAUAACUUGUCUGGGAUGAUACCAGAAAGUCUAGGUAGUAUUCCGUUUCUGGAAAUUUUGAAUCUCUCUUUCAAUGAUUUGGAGGGUGAAGUUCCACAAGCUGGUAUUUUAAAAAAUACCAGUGUCAUUUCUGUUACUGGAAACAGAAAACUUUGUGGCGGCAAUCCUGAACUGAAGUUGCCUGCCUGCGUUGUCCUGCACUCCAAUAAAAAAGGAAGUUCUCUAGCAACAAAACUGAUUGCUGCAAUUGUUGUUGCAUUUAUUUGCUUAGCUCUGGUGGCAAGCUUCUUUAUUCGGCGCUGCAAGAGAUCUAAGUCAAAGGAGAGACCUUCUCCUUUAUCUCUCAAAGAUCAAUUCAUCAAAAUUUCUUACCAGGAGCUUCUUCAGGCAACUGAUGGUUUUUCGGACGCCAAUUUAAUUGGUUUUGGAAGCUAUGGAUCAGUAUACAGAGGAUUUCUUCAUCAAAGUCAAUCUUUCAUUGCAGUGAAAGUUUUUAAUCUCCGGCACAGAGGAGCCUCAAAGAGCUUCAUCUCUGAAUGCAAAGCUCUGAAACAUAUUCGCCACCGAAAUCUCCUAAAGAUAUCAAGUGUCUGCGCCAGUGUUGAUUAUCAAGGCAAUGACUUCAGAGCUGUAAUAUAUGAGUUCAUGCCCAGAGGGAGUUUAGAAAGUUGGUUACACCCACAAGAAGUUGCAGAUAAUGAGCAUGAGUUGAGAAAUCUGAACCUUGAACAGAGGCUAAGCAUUGCCAUCGGUGUUGCUUCUGCAGUUGAGUAUCUUCACUGUCACUGCCAACCACCAAUUGUUCAUAGCGAUCUCAAACCAAGCAAUGUCCUUCUUGAUGAAGACAUGGUUGCUCAUGUUGGUGAUUUUGGGCUUGCUAAGGUUCUUUCUAAGGUUUCUGAUAAUGCACGAGAAGAUCAGUCCAGUUCAGUCAUUAUAAAAGGAUCCGUUGGAUAUGUUCCCCCAGAAUAUGGUAUGGGUGAAGGGUUAUCUACCCAAGGAGAUGCAUACAGCUUUGGGAUACUUCUGUUAGAGAUAUUUACAGCAAGAAGACCAACUGAUGGCAUGUUUCAGGGGGAACUGAACCUUCACAACUUCUGUAGAAUGGCGCUGCCUGAGCGAGUCAGGGAUAUUGUGGAUCCUUUGCUUCUGCCUGAAGAAAAUACAGGAGAGAGGGUGCAAAAUUGUUUGGCCUCAGUACUGAGAAUUGGACUUUCAUGUUCGACGGAGACACCCAGAGAUAGAAUGGAGAUAAGAAAUGCUGUAAGAGAAUUGCAUUUGGUAAAGAAUGCUUAUGAAAGAGAGGGCAUCAAUACAACAUAGAAGCUCCAAGGGAAGGCCAUAGCAAAUUCGUAGUCUCUAGUGUGUAAUAUUUUGUGUUUGCAGUAUAAAUUUACAUUAGACCGGAUGCAUCACUGUUCUGCUCCAUGCUACCCCUAUCGAUGGUACAUCAAUCUUAGUUUCUGCAACUCAUUCAGUAACUUAAAGAGUACCCAACAGUCUAGUUUCUGCUACUUGUUUGCUGCUUUUAAAAUUUCCUCACGCUUUACUCGGAAACUAUUUCAAAUUGUUCUUUCCUGUCAUAUUCUAUGUUCAGUUCAGUAUCCAUGCUGCAAA